GCCUGCCGUCGUGCCUGUCCUCUCUUAAAACCCAACGCUCAAACCCUCUUCCAAAACAUCGCUCCCACCGACGACGCCACCGCCCAAACCCCAGCCCUCCUUUUUGCCCUGAAAUAGAUCAAGCGUGAAAAACGUGGCCUGCUGUGCUGCAGGUUUGAUUUCCCUGGAGGCGUAUCCGUCCAUCCAUCGGCGCGUAAUCUCGGAUCAGCUUCUUCUCCUUCGCGCUUCAUCCGCCCCUUCGUCGCUUGCUAGCUGAUCCAUCGGAGGGGACUCAUGGACUGGAACUACGGCCCCGAGGAGCAGGUCCUGUGGCCGGCGUCGGUCCUCGCCGGCGUCCUCAUGUGCGCCGCCGUAUAUAAGGUAACUAAAAAGGUUAGCUCAUCGUGCUUCAAGUGUUAUGAUGGAUUAAGUCCAAUGCAAAAGCUUGAGUGGAAUAAUAGGGGCUUCUCUACGGUCCAUGCAUUGGUUGCUGCUGCCGUUUCCUUUUACUUGGUCAUGAUAUCUGGCCUCUUCAGUGAAGAUGUCAAUGGCAUAAUCAUUGACAGAAAGUCAUGGUUAUCCGAUUCCAUGUUUGGGGUCUCGAUCGGGUACUUUUUCACAGACUUGGCGAUGAUCCUAUGGCAUUUUCCAUCUUUAGGUGGAAAAGAAUUUCUCUUGCAUCACGGACUUUCCAUGUACGCAAUCUGUCUUGCUUUGUUCAGUGGGAAAGCACACAUGUACAUACUCAUGGUCCUCUUCACUGAAGCCACCACUCCAUUUGUGAACCUUAGAUGGUAUCUGGAUGUUGCUGGUCAGAAGGAUCACAACCUUUACUUAUACAAUGGAUUGGCUAUGUUUGUCGGAUGGCUGAUUGCUCGGAUAAUCUUGUUCGUAUAUUUCUUCACUCAUGUCUACUCCCAUUAUGAUCAGGUGAAGUCCAUCUUCGCCCUGGGAUUCUACGGCAUAAUGACAGUGCCACCGACGCUGGCCGUGAUGAACGUGUUCUGGUUCCGGAAGAUAUGUAGGGGGAUGGUCAGAACCCUGUCGAAGAUGAAGCAGCAUACCGCAAACGGGAAGACGGAUUAGAAGGAAAGAUGAUAUAACUCUUCUUUUUUAGAUCAAAAAAGAUUGACUGUUGUUCCUUGUAGAUAAAAGCUCGGCCGGUUAAAUUUGAGGUAAAACCACGACACUUAUUUUGAGACGGGGGAAAUAUGUUGGUGUCUGAUUCUUUUUUUCUAGAGUAUGCCCAUGCAGAGAAUUGUGGGAUUGGUCAUUGAUGUGAGAGGUGA